UACAUUAUGUAUAUCACAUUGGGAAGAUUUAGUUUGGGUUUACUAUUCCUAAUCAGCAUAGUAGUGUAUAAAAUAAGGCGGCGCCACUUGUCAGCUUAUGACACCAUUGAGGACUACCUAAGCGGUCCAAACAACCUCAUGCCAAUAAGAUACUCCUACUUCGAGAUCAAGAGAAUGACAAAUAAUUUCAAGCACAAAUUAGGUGAAGGAGGCUAUGGAACUGUGUUCAAAGGAACACUCAGAAGUGGCCCUUUUGUUGCUGUAAAGAUGUUGGGCAAAUCCAAGGCUACUGGCCAGGAAUUCAUUAGCGAAGUCGCCACUAUUGGUAGGAUUCAUCAUACUAAUGUUGUGCGCCUCAUUGGCUUUUGUGUUGAGGGUUCAAAGCGUGCGCUCUUAUAUGAAUUCAUGCCCAAUGGUUCCCUAGAUAAAUACAUAUUUCCAAAAGAAGAAAACUUUUCAUUGAGCCAUGAGAAAAUGUUUGAGAUCUCCCUUGGAGUGGCUCGUGGGAUUGAUUAUUUACACAGGGGUUGUGACAUGAGAAUAUUACAUUUUGAUAUCAAGUCUCAUAACAUUCUUCUGGAUGAAAACUUUAGUCCAAAAGUUUCUGAUUUCGGACUUGCAAAAUUGUAUCCCGUCGAAGAUAGUCUCGUGUCACUCACUGCAGCGAGAGGCACAAUGGGUUACAUGGCACCGGAAUUGUGCUACAAAAACAUUGGCGGAAUUUCACAUAAAGCCGAUGUUUAUAGCUUCGGGAUGCUGUUAAUGGAAAUGGUAGGGAGAAGAAAGAACUUGAAUCCAUUUGUAGAGCAGCUAAGCCAGAUUUAUUUCCCUUCAUGGGUUUAUGAGCAAUUGAAGGAUGGGAAGGACAUUGACAUGGAUGAUGCAACAGAGGAGGAAAAGAAGGUUUCAAAGAAGAUGAUAAUAGUGGCACUGUGGUGCAUACAGAUGAAUCCUAGUGAGCGUCCAAGCAUGAAAAAAGUAAUGGAGAUGCUUGAAGAAGAAGAUGUUGAAUUGCUAGAAAUGGCGCCAAAGCCUUUCUUGUCUCCCGACGAAUUGCCAACUGAUGAAAACUCGAUUGCAGAUGCUCAAAAUGUGGAGUCGCCACUGUUAUCAGAUAAUCCCGUGAGCUCCUCUAAUCUUGAAGUGUGUGAGAACUAAAUAAUA